AUGCCAGGCGCAUCGGCCUCGCGGCGGAGUGCUCCACUGGUACCCAUUGCAGCCCUGCUCUGGAGGAAGACGAUGGAGGGAGUUAAGAAAUUCAGACGAAGGCAUGUUAAUUCAAAGGCAUAUUCUGCGGAAUUGCUUUCUAGCUUUAACAUGAUGUGUUUAUACACAGGUCAAGGAUAUCGUCUCCCUCCAAAGGAAAUCCAAGAGAUUGUUGAUGUGCCACCGAAUCCCAGUUAUUAUAUUUCCCCUCGCCGAGAUAGGAUCAUGUUUCUAAAACGUAGAGUUAUGCCUUCAUUGUCAGAGCUUGCUAAACCUGAUAAAAUACUUGCUGGUAUAUGGAUUGAUCCAAGUUCUAACACAAGGAGUCGAAUGUCCUUUUAUACUGGGAUCAGUAUCCAUUUGCUGAUGGAUGAUGGAUCUUUGGGUCCAGAGAAAGUAGUGAAUGGAUACAACGAGAAUGCAAAGAUUAAUUUUGUAGGAUGGUCACCAGAUGGUCAGCAUGUGGCAUUCACUGUGCACUAUGAUGAUGAGGUGGAUAGUGGCAGCAAUUUAGCAUUGUGGAUUGCUGAUGCAGAAAAUGGAAAAGCUCGACCACUUUUCAAAUCAACCUACAUAAUAUUAAAUGCAAUUUUUGAGCUCUAUGUAUGGGUGAAUGAUUCUACUCUCUUGGUUUCUACUAUUCCUCCAUCGCUUGGAGAUCCACCUAUGAAGCCACUGGUUCCUUUCGGUCCAAGGAUUCGUUCUAAUGAGCAGAGAAACAUCAUUCAAAUGAGAUCCACAAAAGAAAUGCUGAAAGAUUUGCAUGAAGAAGAAUUGUUUGAUUACUAUGCAACUUCUCAGUUAGUUCUGGUUUUGUUGGAUGGGACAAUGAAACCGAUUGCCCUUCCUGCUAUAUACACUUCUCUUGAUCCUUCACCAGAUGAGAAAUAUUUGAUGCUCACUUCUGUGCACCAACCAUAUUCUUCUAUAGUUUCAUAUAAAAGGUUCCCGAAAAAGGUUGAGUUGUGGACAAUUGAUGGUAGAUUUGUCCGCGAAAUUUGUGAUUUGCCCCUUGCUGAAGAUAUUCCUGUUGCGGCUAAUAGUGUCCGUAAGGGAAAGCGUUCAAUCAGGUGGAGGCCUGAUAUGCCUUCUACAUUAUAUUGGGUGGACGCACAAGAUGGAGGAGACUCAAAUAUUGAAGUAUCACCACGUGAUAUAGUUUACAUGGAACUUGCCGAACCUUUAAACGGCGAGAAGCCCCAAGUCUUACUUAAACUUGACCUUCGAUAUAGAAAGAGCUACUGGUGCUAUGGAUCAUUUGCUCUGGUCUAUGAAUAUUGGUACAAGACACGCAGAACAAGAACAUGGGUUAUAUCCCCUGACAAAGAAAAUCUCAUACCACGGCUAUUAUUUGAAAGAUCUUCAGAAGAUGCCUACUCAAAUCCAGGUUCUCCAGUGAUGUGCAGAACUCCUGCAGGCACCCUUGUCAUUGCAAAAAUUAAGAGGAACUGUGAAGGAAGCUACAUCUUACUGAAAGGACAGGGUGCCACACCAAGAGGAAGCACCCCAUUUCUUGAUAUUUUCAAUGUAGAUACAGGAGAAAAAGAGCGGUUAUGGGAGAGUGACAAAGAAAAGUACUACGAAUCUAUUCUUGCACUUAUGUUUUACCAUCCUAAAUGUGAGGUGCAUCUUGAUCAACUAAAGUUACUUGUAUCUAAGGAGUCAAGGAGAGAGACCACCCAAUAUUAUCUCAAGAUUUGGUCAAACAAGAAGCAAGUCCAGAUUACAAAUUACCCUCAUCCAUAUCCCCAACUGGCACUAUUGCAGAAACAAAUAAUAAGAUACCACCGGGAGGAUGGUGUUAAACUUACCGCUACAUUGUAUCUGCCUCCAGGCUAUAAUCCAUCAAUAGAUGGUCCACUCCCAUGCCUCAUUUGGUCUUAUCCUGGAGAAUUUAAAAGCAGAGAGGCUGCUGGGCAAGUUCGCCGCUCACCCAAUAAAUUUGCACGCAUCAGCAACAACUUUCCUCUUCUUUGGUUAGCUAGAGGGUUUGCUAUUCUUGCUAACCCAACAAUCCCUAUAAUUGGUGAAGAAAACCAAGAACCGAAUGACAGGUACAUAGAGCAGCUAGUUGCUAGUGCAGAAGCAGCAGUAAAUGAAGUUGUAAGAAGAGGGGUUGCUCACCCUGACAAAAUCGCCGUGGGUGGUGAUUCAUAUGGUGCAUUUAUGACUGCUAACCUCUUAGCACAUGCUCCUCAUCUUUUCUGUUGUGGAAUUGCUCGCUCUGGAGCUUACAACAGGACACUGACUCCGUUUGGUUUUCAGAAAGAGAUGAGGACGCUAUGGGAGGCCACCGAUACCUAUAUUAAGAUCAGUCCCUUCAUGUCAGCUAACAAAAUCAAGAAGCCGAUCCUAUUGAUUCAUGGAGAAGAUGACAGCAAAGUAACAACAGCAAUGCAGUCAAGUCAGUUUUACGAUGCCUUGAAGGGUCAUGGGGUGCCAUGCCGUCUUGUGAUUCUCCCAUGUGAGCAGCACCAAUAUGCUGCAAGAGAGAGCAUUAUGCAUAUAAUCUGGGAGACUGACAGGUGGCUACAGAAGUAUUGUGCAAAUGAUUGUGGGGGCAACAAGGUUAUGGAAGCCAAUGUUGAGACAUCCCAGUCACCUUCAGAAGCUGUACUAGAUAGUAAAGCUUUGACCUUAAACUUCACCAAGAUUUCUAGUUUGAUCAAGUUGAUAUGGUUGGCAUUUGCUCGGUUUAUUUCUAGCAAGUCCAAAAAGACUUGGAAGCGCAGAGAAACAGGGAGAUCACCACAAGUACCCGGAGGGGAGGAGGAGGAGGACCGCCCCGAAGAAGGGAGGGAAGCGCGAAUGGAGAGCAGGAACGUAGUGGUGUGCGACAAUGGUACCGGGUAUGUGAAGUGUGGCUUUGCUGGUGAGAACUUUCCUACAUCUGUAUUCCCUUGUGUUGUCGGAAGACCUCUACUUCGCUAUGAGGAGUCACUUCAGGAACAAGAAUUGACGGAUAUUGUUGUUGGAGCAGCUUGUGCUGACUUGAGACAUCAACUUGAUGUAUCAUAUCCUGUCACCAAUGGCAUUGUUCAAAAUUGGGAUGAUAUGGGCCAUAUUUGGGAUAAUGCCUUCUACAGUGAGCUCAAGGUCGAUCCAUCGGAGUGUAAAAUCCUACUUACAGAUCCACCACUCAAUCCCAUGAAAAACCGAGAAAAAAUGAUCGAGACCAUGUUCGAGAAAUAUAACUUUGCUGGGGUCUUCAUCCAGAUCCAAGCAGUUCUUUCACUGUACGCUCAAGGCUUGCUAACUGGACUUGUGAUAGAUUCUGGUGACGGUGUUACUCAUGUGGUGCCUGUAGUUGAUGGAUACUCUUAUCCACAUCUGACAAAGAGAAUGAAUGUAGCUGGAAGGCAUAUAACAUCUUAUCUUGUUGACCUACUAUCAAGGAGAGGGUAUGCUAUGAACAAAUCUGCUGACUUUGAGACGGUCAGAGAAAUAAAAGAGAAGCUAUGCUAUAUAAGCUAUGAUUACAAACGAGAAUACCAGCUAGGACUUGAGACCACAAUCCUUGUGAAAAGUUACACUCUUCCAGAUGGACGAGUUAUUAAAGUGGGCACUGAACGAUUUCAAGCUCCUGAAGCUCUUUUCACUCCUGAACUGAUAGAUGUUGAAGGUGAUGGGAUGGCAGAUAUGGCAUUCCGUUGCAUUCAGGAAAUGGAUAUUGACAACCGGAUGAUGCUCUAUCAACAUAUUGUCCUGAGUGGAGGAAGUACAAUGUACCCUGGUCUACCAAGUCGGUUGGAGAAGGAAAUUCUUGAUCGCUAUCUUGAUGUAGUUUUGAAGGGAAACAAAGAUGGCCUGAAGAAAUUACGACUGCGGAUAGAGGAUCCUCCUCGGAGAAAGCACAUGGUGUACCUGGGAGGUGCAGUGCUUGCUGGAAUCAUGAAGGAUGCACCUGAGUUCUGGAUAACCAGGCAGGAGUACCAGGAAGAAGGUGUAGCGUGCCUAAGGAAGUGUGGACAGUCAUAA